AUCUGCAUCAGAGGGCAUCUUCUGCUACUGACAGCGCCUCUUCUCUGCUAACCACCUGAGGGUACCAGGAUUGUGGGCAGCUCUUGGCCACUGAUGAGGACAGCACCGACCUGCUGCAUCCAUCCACCGGAGACACCCCAAUGACCUGGGGGGUGAUGAACGACACAGAGUGUGACUGCCAGUAAAGCACACUUACGACUAGAAGAGACUCACAGUAAGAUACAUUGAGCAGUGCGGGACACAGAUCUGCGCAUCCCGGCCAUGAGUCUGGAGGUGUUUGGCAAAGCUGCCUAUGAGGACAAGGUGUGCACCAGUGACCAAGAAGGCAGCCUGUCAUCCCCACUGUCCGGCAGGGAGGACGAGCUGGGAUCGGAUGGGGACUUUGUAGCCAACAGCCCUGCUCCAGCUUUAUGCCCAAGAGACUCCGAGAUGGACACGGACACCGGGAGUCUGGCUGGUGAGGAGGAAGAAGAGGAAGAAGUGGAGGAGGAAGGAGAGGUGAGGCUGAGGUCAGACCUGGGUGGGGAAGGAGUAGAGGGGUCUGCGGCAUUCCGAACCCAAGCAGCAGAGGGGGUUAAAGCUAAGACUUACACCCGCCGCCCAAAGCCCCCCUACUCCUAUAUCGCAUUAAUAGCCAUGGCUAUCAGAGACUCUGCCACCGGGCGCCUGACACUGGCCGAGAUCAAUGACUACCUGAUGAAAAAGUUCCCCUUCUUCAGGGGCAGUUACACUGGCUGGAGAAACUCAGUGCGGCACAACCUGUCUCUCAAUGACUGCUUUGUCAAGGUCCUACGGGAUCCCUCUCGCCCCUGGGGCAAAGAUAACUACUGGAUGCUGAACCCCAACAGCGAGUACACCUUUGCAGAUGGAGUGUUCAGGAGAAGAAGAAAGAGGUUAAACCGGGUCACCAAGUGCUUAAAAGAGCAAGAGCUGCAGGGGCUUCCAGAGCAGCAGCAGCACCAACAUCUGAUACCUACAAGACCAGCAACCCAAAACUCAGCCCCCUCAUCCAGCAGAUUGCUCAUAGCACCUUCUGCCUCACCAUCAAUGUCCAACAACAGCCCCUCCAACACUACAAGGUCCACCAAGGAGCUAACCUCAGGGACCAAGUUUUCCAGCUCCUUUGCAAUCGAUAGCAUCUUAAGCAAACCUUUCCAGAAGAAAGAGGCUCCAGAACAGGACUCGAGAUCCACAAACGGACGUCUCCUGUGGCCAGCAGGUGCUUUGCUCCACUCUGUUCAAUCUGCCCACAACUACCCAUUAAUGUCUUACCCCCCAUCCUCUGCAUUGCAUCACCCAUCUGCCCUUUUCCCUCUCAGCUCUCUUGGCAGUAAUGCUGCAUCCUUGCACUUACAACUCUACAGGUAUUGCAUGCCUGAAUCUCUCCUACUGCUCAUGGAUUCCAGAAGUGAACAGCUUUCUGCUGAACCUAAUGAUGAUCAGCAACAUCCCAGACGCGUUCAUCCCCAGCAUUCCCAGCUCUUCCUAACUCCCACCCCAUCCAAAGUUUUCCCAGACCACCUGGGGAACCCCGAGCUUUUAUGCACCUUGAGGACCCCUGAAGCUUUCCAUCCAUAUCGUCCAGAGACAUUGCUAGUAUGACAGUUAAAGGAGGAUAAGGGGCCAGAGUGUAAGGUUUAACAGUAAUAGCAUCACUGCUUAAAAUUAUUUGUUUUAUCAUUCUGUAUUUAACUGCCAUUGCCUUUCUUGACACUGAGAUAGUUGAAGGGGUUGCACCCCAGAGAACAUGCCAAAAUACUUACAUUUACAAUGUGUGCCUUGGUAAUGGACCCAUCCCUAUUCUAUUAAAAAGUUUGCAAAUUGGGAUCUAGUGAAGUACUUAUGCAAGGGUGCUUCAGGGCUCACUCAACCAGUAACUCCCAUGGACCUAUAUGUUUGGUCAGUGGUUUAGUUAAUGUUCUAGAAACCCCUCUAUGAUAUUGUUGUGGCCUUGUCACAUGAUCUGCACUGGUAUGUAUAUAUAUGUAUAUAUAUAUA